UCUCAUUCAUACACCGCUAUAAUAUUAUGAAGAGAUUAUGAUGAGACACUUCUCCUAUCCUUCUACUUCUGCUUCCCAAGGAUAACAAGAAUUAAUUUAUCCACAUCCCCUCACCUCCCCUCACCUUCACAAUUCACAAUUCACAAUUCACAAAAUACGCGUAGUAACAGGUCAACAAGGCUACGACGCUGUUACGCUGUUACGCUGUUACGGUCCUUCGUUGUCCGGGUUCCAGAGCAGACUCCCUCACAACAACCACAGAUACAUCUACUAUUUACAUUCGCGAUUAUCUAGGACGUGACGAGCAACAGAGCUCAGAGCAACAUUCUUUACGUUUACGUUCACCCAAGUUAACUGUCUCAAGCGUUGUCUUUAUGGUCAUACAACGCAAGGGGCAAGGGGCAUACGUGAGCAGCAACACCAACACCGUCAUGGAUCCUCACGUCAUGGAUCCGCACUUGCCAAUCAACACACCACAGGGCAAACCCGAGGGUGAUGUGAAAGACACCCAAUCUUUCUCCAAGGGAAGCAAGAGACUUUUUAGUCACACUUUCUCAAGGUACUCGCAAGAGGAAGACAGUGCCAGUAACUACGCAAGUGGCAGCGAUGGACGCCACCUUGAUGAAGAUGACCCAUUCGAGAAGCGUCACCGUACCAGCGACUGGCCACUUGGAGGCAAUGGGAAGACCAUUGAAGGCGCUGCAGCUGACGGACCUGACUCCCCAACCAGCAAUUAUUCUGACGAUGGCAUCCAAACGCGCUCAUCCAAGUUCAUUGAAGGGAGCAUGAGGAACAGAGUGAGCCAAAAACCACCAAGAAAGUAUGUGGCCACUGAAACCGAGUUGAACUGUGCCGGUGAAAAUGAGUGCACCAAGAAUGGGAAGCCACAGCGCAACAAACUGAUCCGCCACUCCAACCACUCUGUACCAGCCGUGGCGGGAGAAACCAAGACUGAGGCUAACCGCCACUCUACCAUAUUCCGCUUCGGAAAGUCCCUGGCAGCUUCUUUCAAUCCGUCAAACUGGAAGAUAUGGUCAAAAUCACAGGAUGCCCGAGUCCCCGACGACAAGGCUGAUGUCGAAGCUCAAGCCAAACUAGAGAGAGCAUAUAGGGAAGUAAAGAGCAUCGCACCCACUCCAGGGCGUCGAUUUGGUCCGGCCGGUGGUUCUGCUAUCUGGAGUAAUCCGCGGUCAUCUGUGAACGCUUCAGGCGUCGAAAUUUCAGAGCAAGCACCGUCCCAGAAACGCUAUGGAAUGGUAUUCGACACCCCGCCAUCCAUGGCAGGACUCGGCGGUGACUUUGGUUCCGCCCAACAAGGCACAAGCAAACUUUCCACCCCCGCCGACCGGUACUCCGUUCCAUCCCACCAGCUCCUCCACAGCAAUGAGAGCAGAUCAUCAUUCACCUACGGCUCCAUCGCCCCACCAAAGUCGAUGAAGCAUAAACUCUCCCGCAAGGACCUGCGCGUCCAACAGAAACUCGUCAAACGCGUCAGCAACCUCGAAUCGAAACUCGAAGCUGCGCGUCUUGAGCUGGUGAAAUCACUAGGCAACACCGGGAUCCCGCCACAACAAGCUCGGGGUGGAAAAUCCCGCUUCCUUCCUGGGGCACUAUCAUCUCUCCCCUCGGAAUCGCUGUUGAACGGAUACACCCACCAAAAUGAGUCCUCGCAAAGCUACAUCGGUGCAGCCUUGACUACAGAUGACAAAAUCAGUCUCUCCGCAUCACGCAACCACGACGAUCCCCCUGGCCGUCCCAGCACCUCCAGCUUCUCCUCUUCGGUUCGGGAAUAUCCAAACGGAGAGUCUCACUAUACUACUACGGGCCCAGAUGACGCCGACCAAGUCACCCCUUCCAAGAAGCGAAAGAACAUGGCCAAAACCUCUACCUCCACCACCUCAUCUUCCCAGCACCCCUCAGACGCAGACACCUCCACCACCUCUCACCCCGCCAAAAAAUCCCGCAACAACAACACUCCUCGAGAGAAACCCAGCCCCGAGCUCCUCAUCCCCGACUCCAGCUCCUCCUCGGAUCCCAGUUUCGAGAACGUGGACCCAGAGAAGAAGGCUGUGCUCGUGUCUGUGGGCGCGAAGCAGCAGGGGACGCCGAAGUUGAUUGUUAAGAAGCGCCUUCCGCUUGGGACGCAGGGGAGUAGGAUUCCACGCAAGGGAAGCAGGAAGGAUACGCCGCCUGCUUCUGAGGUCGGUGGUGAGAAGGGUAUUUCCGUCACGAGCGGCAAUGCUGGUGUCCAAGAGGCGUCUGCGGUUGAGUCCCAGCCGAGACAGGGGGUGGGGAAAUUGAAGAAGGCUGCUAAGCCGAGGGUGAAGAGCACUGAGCUUACGCAGGUGGAGAAGCAGGUCGAGGAGAAGACCAAGGAUACGAAGGAGAGUAUCCCAGCUGCCGGAGGGGGUGAAGUGACGAACUCGACUUCGAUGGAGAGUUUUGAGUGGGGGCCUGAUGUGUUUUAACCGUCGUCACUACAGAAAUCAACUCAGGUCAGGUGUUAAGGGGAAGUGGAAGGCAUGGAGAGGCGUUACGAAUGAUGGAUGAUGGAUGAUGUACUGUGCUGUACUGAUAAUAAUAGCGGCAUCGCGGAUUGUGAUGAUGAGGUAACGAGUAAUGUAUGCUUUGGAUUUAUUGCGGUUUGCGAAGCUGAGGAGCGAGGGAUGGCAGCGUUGAUAAUAUGGAUGAUGAUGAGUGGAUGAAGGCGGAAAGUGUGUGUACAGCGUAGCAUAGCAAGCAUAGUUGAUAUCAUUUCGGUGGCGCUCUGAAUUCUCUCCAUCAUAUUUACAGUAUCAUCAACUGGGCGUCGAACUUCAUGCCAGGCAACCCCCGAUCAUGUACAUGUUAACAGUAUCAAUGGGCGUCAAACAUCACAGAAGGCCAUCACAUCACAUCACACAAUCGGUCAUCCAGUCAACACACAAAUUUUAAAAAUCUCCCUCAUCUCAUAUUCCCCCCAAAAAAACUAUCCCUAAAAAAAAAGAUGGCGAUGAAGCCAACCUUUGCGCUUCCAUACAACAAAAAAAGCCAAAACAAAAAAAAGUAUUUCAAGUCAUAAAACAACCCCUCCUUCAUAUCCCCUCCCAAAGUUUUACAGUACGAGAACUGCCCCUCCCGUUUCCGCUUGGGCAGAAACAAGGGAGGGGCGCCGCUACAACUGCACCCCAGGCGCACAGCGAGGAAGGACAUAGGAAAGUCUUGUAGUGGGUGGGUGGUGGUAAUGGUGGUGGUAAUGGUGGUGUUGUUGCGCAUCAGCGCGGGUCGUGAGUGAUAGUGAUAUAAUCCGAAUAAAAAUCCGAGAACAAGUCAAAUGAAAGGGCCGCCGUCGUCUAGAGGCUUCCUUUGUGUGGUGGUGGUGGG